AUGAAGGGCAAGAAGUUUCUCAGCCUGCGGGACAGGAAUGGCGCCCAUCGCAGGAGCAAGUCCUCAGAGCCAGGACAGAAGAGCCGACCGCUGUCAGCCGAAGCCUUCAGAUCCCUUUUCAAGAGCAACACCGCCCAACUACCAACCGACGAGGAGCUGAAGGAGAAGGAGUCUCAAAAGGUCGAAGAUAUCAAGAGCAAGCUUGCCGACAGCAACGUUACGGACGUCUCCGAAGAACAUAUCCGCGAUUCUUUGCACAGCGAAUACGCCAAGCAAGACGUCAACAAGACCGUCGAAUUUAUCAAAAUGCAGUGCAAGGCAAUGGCUGGCAAGAUCACACACUACAACCCCCAGGUCGAGAUGGUCGGUGCAGAGAACAGAGGCAACGUCACUUGCUACCUCGACUCUCUGCUGUUUGCAAUGUUUGCCAAGCUGGACGCCUUCGAGUGCAUGCUGAAGAACGACUUUACGGACGAGCCAAGACGCAGAUUGGUCACACUACUGCGAUUAUGGGUGAACAUGCUGAGGAGCGGAGAGAUGAUCCACGUAGACAUGAAGACAAAACUCAUUCAGGAUGCUCUCGCCGACUGCGGCUGGAGCGACGCCAAGCUCCUCGAACAACAAGAUACCUCCGAAGCCUUUGCUUUCAUUACCGAAACGCUUCAGCUCCCCCUAUUACAGCUACAAGUCGACUUGUUCCACCAGGGAAAGAACGACAAGGACGACCACAAACUAGUCUACGAACGUUUACUGAACCUGGCUGUGCCCCCCGAUCCCGAUGGAAAAGGCAUUAGGUUGGAAGAUUGUCUGGAGGAAUACUUCAAUACACAGGUGGAUGUGCUCAGGGACAGCCACGAAGAGAAGAAAGAGCUGGCACAAUCAACACCGAACAAGAACACAAUUCGUCUGGUGACCCCAGAAGGUAGCACCGACUUUGAGGCAGCAGACGUCUUGAGUUCUUCUCCUCUGCAGCUGUCGCCAGCUCUCGAACGGCGCUGGACAGCUUCCCAGGCACCAAAUGGCGUGCCAGAAUCCCCCAGCGGUUCUUCGCGUCCCACCCCAAGACACCGCUCAACUAGUGUAAUCCAGCGAGUCGUACUAGAAGAGAAGGAAAAGCCGGAAUCCGACACGCCAAGCAUGUUGGAGAAGGCGCGACGGACAAGCUCAACUGUGGUCAAGGCUGUGACUAUCCCUGCCUGGCAGUUUUUCAGACUGAUCCCCUGGCAUGCCGCUGGAAACAAGGAGCCCAAGAACGACAUGGAGGUGGCAAUGAACUUCAGCCAACGGCCUGUCGUCGGAAUUUGUCUGAAGCGGUACAUGAUGACCAACUCAGGGAUACCACAGCGCCAAAAUACCUUCAUCGACAUUCCAGACAGUCUGAGACUGCCUCACUUCAUGCUUGCUGGCGAGACGCAGCUCGAAGAGGACCCUAAUGGCUUCAGCAUGGAGUAUAAGCUAGUCCUCCAGUCGGUGGUCUGUCAUCGGGGAGACUCGCUUUACAGCGGACACUACAUUUCCUUCGCACGAGUAGCGCCGAAGCUUCUCACAGACAACAGACGGCACGACCUCGACCCUCCUCCUGAUUAUGAAGAAGCGCAAUGGGUCAAGUUUGACGACUUGAAUAUCGAAAGCAGAGUCACCUAUGUCGACGACAUUAGACAAGCACUGAAGGACGAGAUGCCUUAUUUGCUGUUUUACCAGAUCGUGCCAAUGGUGGAAGUUGCCUCAACGGAGGAAACCGAGACGGAGCCGCCCUCUUACAAUGAGUCCAAGGUCAGCAUCAACUUGCCUGGAACGCCAAACCUGCAAGAGGGCAUCAACUCGGGAUUUCCUUCCUCCAAGAGCGACUAUUUCGAGAACACCUCCAUCUCACCACCGAAAGCACCAAGCAUUCGAUUCUCAUCAGACCUUGAGAGGCCUAGUCGUCUGAGUCUUGAUGAUGAGCCGUAUGGUCUGGGCUUCAAGGAUUCUCGCCGCGGAAGUGUGACUUUCACUGACUCUACCUUGGGCACGCCGGCCAUUACCCCUGAGGCCGUGUCGCCAGCAAUCACACCAAACGGUGAGGAGACAACGGCGCAGCGCUUGUCCCGCGCUGCUGCACGUUUCACGGCGAAGAACAACAAGAGCAGACCAACAAGCCAAGCAGGCGAGGGGCGCAUCAGUCUUACUAUGACUCGACUUGGAGGGCUCAUGCGGACAAGCAAGGAGCCUCUCCGGGAGCCCGCAAAUGGCAACGCACUGGCAACGUCUGUUAGCGCCCCCUUGCCUGACCAUGUUCCAGAAGAGCAGUUUAUCGAGGAUGUCGCCGCAGAACCAACGCCGAUUGCGGAAUCCGACAGGCAAGGCUCCAAGGAAUCUAAGGACUCGAAAGAUUACAAGGAGAGAAAGUCGGGCGAACACCAUCACAAGCAUCACCAUAAGCGAGACAAGUCUAAGGAAAAGAGGAAGAACAAGGGUGGCGAACCCGAGCGGGAAUGCGCGGUCAUGUAG